CGCGAUGAGUAUCCUAAUGCAUCAUUCUUAUUUUAUGACUUUUAAGAUUUUAUCAAAUUUCCAGAUCUGCUUACUUGUUACUUAUUAGGCAGAUGUUUUCAUUACGGGUUUUUUAGUUUUUAAUGUGACUUUUAAUUUGGAAUUCGGUUUAAGAUAUCGGGUUUCGAGUCUCAAACAGUCAAACUAAAAGAAUUUUGAUUCAACGUUCCAUACGUACAACUAUAACUAGAUUUUAGAGCUUUUGAGUUUUCCGUUUAUCUAUGGCGCCAAAGAAAGCACCAGCGAAAUCUCCUACACGAAUUUCAGGUGGUGCUCAUGCAUCCACUUCAGCAGGAAAUGGAGCGGCUCGUCCCGCUGCCAAGCGCCCAGUUAAUACGGCUCGUGGGUACAAACGACCCGAACGGCUGGAAGAUGGGUACAUCAUCGAGGAUAAAACGGGAAAGAAAACCUGGCGAGUGGGGCCCGUUAUUGGGCAGGGUGGUUUUGCGGAUGUGUAUCUCGUUUCCGAUAAAGCCAGCAAACCUGUCACCGAAGGAACUGCGAAACAUGUCAUGAAAUUGGAGCCUUCGGAUAAUGGCCCUUUGUAUCAGGAAGUGAAAUUCUUCAAAGCUGCUGCAAAAUCGGAUGCAAUUGCUGCCUUCCUGCGCGAACGCAGCAUCAAAUCUCUUGGCAUCAUGGAAUACAUUUCUAGUGGUGUUAUGGAAGUCAAUGAUAAAAAUUUGCGCUGGCUCAUUUUGCCUCGUUUGGACCGAAACGUUCAGCAAAUCCUGGACGAAUGUGAUGGAAUUUUCUCUCGGCAAUGUGUGAUACUGUUGGCCUUGCAACUGUUGGAUAUUUUGGAAUACAUCCAUAAGCAGGGUUACGCGCACGCGGAUUUGAAGGCCACCAAUUUAAUGACCGGAUUAAGCAAAACGGAUGCUUCGCAAGUGUAUCUGAUAGAUUUCGGGUUAGUUAAGCGGUUUAUGGACGACAAUAAGCACAUUCCUUACAAGGAGGAACCGAAGGCUGCUCAUGACGGGACUCUCGAGUUGACUAGUACCGAUGCGCACAAGGGGGCUGCUCCAUCUCGGCGAGGUGAUUUGCAAAUACUUGGAUUUAAUCUGAUAAAAUGGCUCACCGGAUCAUUACCGUGGUCUGACAGUACGGAUCCUAAUUUUGUCCGAUCUCAGAAAAUCACGUAUUUCCAGAAUCAGAGUGAAUUCUUCCGCGUUGCCUUCCCGGAUGGUGCUCCUAAGGAGAUUACGGAUUACUUCAAGGCCAUUCGGGAUCUACAGUAUCAUGACGAACCGAAUUACGCCAAGCUUCGCGAAAUUUUUCAGAAGGCUUCCAAAGAUGUUAAAGCCCGCAAAAGCGAUCUUUUUGCGACCGCUUCCGCUGCUCAAGAAAGUGUGGAUUCUGCUGACAGUGUGCCUGUACCUAAAAAGCGUGCCACUCGAUCUGCUGCUGUGGCAUUGUCCAUUGGAACUUCAGAAGCGCCACCGGCAAAGCGUGGACGGAAGCCGAAAGCCUAGAUAAUUUGCUGAUUGAAAUACGGCAAUGAACACUGCUGGCUUUUGCUCCUUGUGUCCUCUGCGCCUUGUUCUCCAAAAAUUCUUGACAGCCAUCAUCUACGAAUCUGCUGUAACAAACUUAGCGAAGCGGCUGCAUAUUUCUCUUUAUAAAUAUCUGUGUUUAUAGAAACAUGGUAUCUUUGAGUUUUUACCGCGUAACUUAAAACAAAUUAGCAACCUCUUACGGCGGUUCUACUGUGUGUCCUUGAUUCUGAGUUUAAACGGUAUUAAUAUUCGUAAAUCUUAUUAUGUUUAUAUUUUUGCUUUUUGGGAGUUCUGCAGUGCUACACGCGUUUUCCUUGGACGAAUCGCCGGAUUCGGUCUUGUUCUAUACACUGUACUUUCCAUAACAUGCAAUAAAAAUUUUGGAAGUUUA